AUGAGUAGAGCAGUGCUGGCAUUGCUCCUCUUGGUGAUAAACAUCACUAUAGCUGCUCCUAUAAAGCGAGAUGUUGUAUAUGUCAUAGCCACUACUACUGUGGAUAUGCAGUAUUCUCAAUUUGCUGCUCUUCAGCCAACAAGUCAGAUAAUACCCACUCUUCCAGUUACUCCUACACCUGUUGUAACUCCAUCUCCUGCUGCAACACCAAAUAUACCUGCAACAUCUGUAGCUGAAUCGACCAAAGGUGGAUCAUUCUGGCAACAGCUCCAGCAAUUGUUAGGAUUUGGAGAAAGCGAUAGCUCAUCUUCUGCGGUAGCUACACCAACUCCUGUUGCCCCUAAUACAAAUGCACCUGCGACAGUAGCCAACGGAAGAACAAAUGGACAAGGACAUUUAGCAACAGUGAUUGACACCCAAGUUGUAUAUGUGACUGCAACAUUGUCGUCGUCUGCUGCUACAUUGCUGCCUGCAGUGUCUACAGGUGGACCAUCCACUUCGGUGUCUAUUUCAGUAAGUGGACCAUCCACUUCGGUGUCUAUUUCAGUAAGUGGACCAUCCACUUCGGUGUCUAUUUCAGUAAGUGGACCAUCCACUUCGGUGUCUAUUUCAGUAAGUGGGUCACCCACUUCGGUGCCUAUUUCAUUAAGUGCACCAGUGAUCUCACAACCAGCUCCAGGAGGUGCAACUGCCAGUAGUACUGUGGAAACCGGUACAAGUACUAGCACUGGAGGGUCGUCUAACGGCAACAAUAACAACAGCUCUUCGUCUUCAUCUGGUGGAAUUAUUUCUAUCGAUGCUGCUCAAAAAGUUGCUCAAGAAGCAAAGGGAAUCAGCUAUUCGCCAUAUACAAACAGUGGUAGUUGUAAGUCUUUAUCAGACGUGACUCAUGAUUUUCAAAUCUUACAGCAUUACUCUGAAAUCAGAUUAUACAGCACUGAUUGCAGUGCCAUUGAAAAUUUGUUACUGCUUAUGACUUCGGGGCAAUCUUUGUUUUUGGGUAUCUACAAUAUUGACACCCACACCAUCACUACUGGUUUGCAGACUAUCAAGACAGCCGUUGAAGGCAGCUCCUUAGGCUGGAAUGCUGUUAAUACUAUUUCUAUUGGGAAUGAAAGAGUCAAUAAUGGUUGGUCUACGCCCGCAGACAUGCAAACAGCAGUGAACACAGCUAAGAGUUGGCUUAAAUCAAAUGCUCCUAACUAUACUGGGCCAGUUGUCACUGUUGACACUCUAGUGGCUACAGUGAACAAUCCUCAGUUAUGCCAAGUCUCUGACUACAUUGCAGUAAAUUGCCACCCCUUCUGGGAUGGUGGAGUGGAACCCUCUAAUGCUGGUCCAUGGUUACAAGAACAGAUUCUGCACUUGAGAUCUGUAUGUGGAUCUAGUAAGAGAAUCUUAAUUACAGAAACUGGAUGGCCCACAAAGGGGGAUACCUUUGGCAUUUGUGUGCCCUCACAAGAAAAUCAAAAUUUAGCUAUAAGCAGUAUCAACAGUGUUUUAGCUAAUGACGUAUACAUGUUCACCACUUAUAACGACUUCUGGAAGCAACCAGGUCCAAGUAAUGUGGAACAAUACUGGGGAAUUUAUGGUAAUCCUGCAACUUAA